AUGGAGCUGGACUUACAUCCCAAGCAUGAAUUUAUGAACAGUACGAAGAAUGGGGCAGAUUUCGAUGAUAGUGUACAUUCCAAGAGAAAAAAGGAGUCUCAUGCAAAUGAUGGGUUUACCGAGUACUGUACAUUGACAGGUCAUACGAAGAGUGUUACAAGCAUAGCGGUGUCUCCGGAUAAACGGUGGAUCGCAACCGCAUCUGCUGAUGCAACUAUAAAACUUUGGAGUACUUUAACUUUUCGUUUAGAAUGUACGUUGUUUGGUCAUAGCAGAGGCAUCUCAGAAAUACGAUGGGCAAGUGGAGGCAGGUACCUUGCUAGCGCUUCGGAUGAUAAAACAGUGCGUAUUUGGGACACAGAAAAUCGAUCUAGUGCUCGCUGCUUACAGGGUCAUACUAGCUUUGUCUCUUCUGUCGACUUUAAUCCAAUGGGUACAUUAUUAGUUUCGGGCUCGUGGGAUGAAACAGUACGCAUUUGGAGUGCACAGGAUGGAAGAUGCAUCCGCAUGUUACCAGCGCAUUCUGAGCCUAUUAUAUCUGUCUCAAUUUCUCCGGAUGGAACCCUUUGUGCGUCAGCAAGCUAUGAUGGCAUGGCUCGAAUUUGGGAUGUCAUGAGCGGCCAGUGUCUCAAAACACUUGUGGAACCAAUCAAUGUUCCUUUAUCAAGUAUAAAAUUUAGUCCUAAUGGACAGUACUUGGUUGUCAGUAAUUUAAACUCACAGAUGCGCCUUUGGGAUUAUCGCAACAAUCGUGUAGUUCAUUUAUAUGAUCACCAUAAAAAUAAUCAUUUUUCUAUGUCGUGGGAUUUCUAUUUAUCCAAAUAUUUUCCCUGGAAAUCAAGUCAUGAUGAAGAGCAUCAUACGAAGACUGAGAUGUCAGCCUUCGAAGACGUUUAUCUUCUUAUUCCAAGUGAAGACGGUCGCGUUUACGUUACGGAUCCCACCACGAAGGUUGUAGCGGAUAAUUCGAUUCAGCAUUCAGAUGCGCCAAAUGUCUCUAUGUUGCACGUCGCUUCGUUAGGACCGUUCAUUGUGUCUGCCGGGACAGAUCCCUAUGUCAGGGUCUGGGCUCCUGAAAGACUUUUCACAGAAGCAAAAACUGAAGAAGAACAAAAUGAAAAAAUACCACAAGAAACUUUGCCUAUACGACAGCACAGUCCUACACUUUUACCGAUGGAAGAGAAUCCGGACCAGCAAGUUUUAACGCAAAACUCCCAAGAUUCCUUUUCAAACCAAGAACAAGGAUCAGAUGGAACUUCUAGUACUGAAAGCAUGCCAGAUCCAAGGACCUUGAAUGUGUCCUAA